AUGAUUAUCAAUCGGUUAGCAUUUAAAGCACCAUGGAAUGUGGAAACUAAAGGUAGAGGAAGUGAGAAGAGUAAUGAUGGUAAACGUGGGGAAAAUAAAGAGGAAGGAAGUGAAGAAAAAGAAGCAGUUCAAGUAGAAGCGGAAGUAGAAGAUGAUAAUAAAGAUGCUAAUAAAGAUGCUAAUGAAGGAGAAGCAGGAGAAGCAGGAAAAGGGGAAGAGGAAGGAAAAGAAGAGAUGAUGAUAAUGAAUUCAACGAGCUUUUACUUGAGAUGUUUAGAUGCAGCUAGGAAGAUAUUAUUAUUAUCAAAGUACCUCUCAGAUGGAAUGGAGCAUUUGACAAGUUUUUGUUUAAUGUAUCCAAUCAGCGCAGUUACGACGAUUUUCAGUUCAGUAGUCCAGUAUCCUACGUCGAUGACAGCAUUUGAGGAUAUUAAGUUGAUGAUCAAUUGUUAUAAUAGGUUUUUUGAUUGUUGUCCGGAGAGUAUCAAGUUCCAUUUGGUUGAUAUUGUUAUCAGGUAUAUGAUUAAGAUAGCGAUUAAGAUAUAUGAGCGAGAGAAUAAGAAUGGGAAGAAGAUUAAUGUUGAAGGAGCUAUAAAAUCUUUGAUAAAUUUGCCCAAUGAGUCAAUUUAUAAGAUAAUUGAGAAGAGGAAGAAAAUGAAAUUAAGGUCUAGUAUUAUUUUAAAUGAAAAACCAGAAAAACCAGAAAUAAAUGGAAAAAGUGAAAAAAGUGAAAAAAGUGAAAAAAGUGAAAAAAGUGAAAAAAGUGAAAAAAGUGAAAAAAGUGAAAAAAGUGAAAAAAGUGAAAAGAAUACUGAUAACAUAAGCAAUAAAAUGAAUAAAGGAAUGAAUGAUGAAAUGAAUAAUGAAAUGAGUGAUGAAAUGAAUAAAAAAUCAUUACAAGAAAAUGGAAAAUUGAAUGGAUUAAGACUAAAUGGGAAAGAGCCCUCCAAUGUUUUCAAUAGAAGCGAUAAUAAUUUUGACAACUAUGGUAACUGUAAUAAUCGUGACGAUUAUAACACUUCCUUCAAUUACAAAUUUGAUAUUAAUGGGUUGAUUGAUUUGGAUAGCCUACUUUCAUUUGAGACAUUUUUUGAAAAGAAUCCAGGAGAUACUAACCAAGAGGUGGGAAUGAAUGAAUAUGGAAAGACGAAUACAGAUUUGAACAAGGAUUUGAACAUGGACAUGAGCAUGAAUGAUAUCUACAACAGGUAUUUCAUUUAUCCGGCUACGAAAGUCGGUGAAGGUUUAAAGCUCAACACAAAUGGCGAUGGGCUGUCAGAUCAGGAUGAAAAGUCGAACAGAGAACAGAAUAGUGGCGAUGACAAUUCUCGAGAACACAAAGCUAAAGAUAAGCAUUCUGGUGUCAACCACAAUCAGAACAAUAGUGGCAAAAGCUUUGGAAGCAGCAGCUUUGACGCGACUGGGUAUGGUUACUCGCCCAGCUUCAGUGUUGAGUCAGCACAGGACGGGUUGUAUGAGGGCAUGUUCAACUUGCCCAACUUUGUGAACGAAGACAUGCUUAACAAUGAGCAAUUUGGAUAG